UGUAUCACUUCCUAUAAAAGACGUAAUUAACUCAAUUCUAAGACAAUUUGCAAUUGGUCUUCAUUUCUGUUAAGGUUUUUCAACGAUUCUGAUUUGUGUUUGCUGCUCUCUGCUCAGGAACACGCGCUAUCUGGUUGCUAGGGCUUCCUUCCCAUAGCAACCAGCAGCAGGACCCGCAGCGACCAAUGAGAGAUUUUCUGCAGAUUGGUGGCUGUGAGUCACGUGACCCAUGAAACAUUGCGGCUUUUAGUUCCGGGUCACAGGACGUGCUGCUGCACCCGAGGGAGCAAGACAAGGUGUGGGACAAGGGCUGCAGCGAUUGUACCAUAUAGGGUUUAACCCCGGACAAAUACUCGCGCCUCUUCUCACUUUGUUUAUGGGCGUCACCCACACGCCGCCCCACGUGUUACAUCACUGUGACGCCUUCACUUUUAUCCUGCGCUUCCUUUGGUUGCAAAGUGAUUGACAUACACACGGCUCCGCCCCUCCUGUCAGCUGCUCCGCCCCCAAUCAGGAAGCAGAGCUGCUGCACCGGAUGAGGAACUUCCGCGGACAGCCGGGAAGAUGUCUGCGCCCCUCUCUAGGUAAAUGCCGUCUGUCUGAUACUGGAGCGGAGGAACACGGCAGCUGCAGAACUUUAUCUUCGCUUCUGUACAAAGUGGAUCCAGGAGGCCUGAUGUCAUCCCAGAAUUCCCAGGUUGUGAGUCCAGUUCUGGGCUGUGCUAAAGAGCCUCCUAGCCAAUCAUGGGCAGAGGAGCUUCGCCCUUUACCAGCAUGGAUUCCACCUCCUCUCCAGAUGAAGCAGAAAGUCUGGAGCACAGGGCACAGAAUGGAGCAAACGAGAGCACAAUGAAGAGCGAGACAACAUCACAUGCUGAGGAUAAUCCAGAAAUAUUAAAGAUAAAGAUAGAGGAGGAUCUAGACUAUGAAGGCCACCUGGAGGCUACAGAAGGUUCGGAGGCGGCAGCAACUGACGGGCAAAUAAAAGAGGAGACGGAAGGUUCAGAGUCAGAGGAUCACGUGACAGACACAGAGAGCGACUCUGAACCAAAUAUAUUACAGAUAAAGAUGGAGGAGGAGGAGGAUCUGGGAGAUGAAGACGAUGUGAAUGCAAUAAAUGGGGAGCAGUACUGUCACAGAGAGUGGGACACUAGUAUGAAGCACAAGGGUAACUCCACCAGUAUGAAAUGCAGCACAAGUUUGUCUGCCCUAAACAAACUUCACAGUCACACCUGCGCUCAGCCUUGGAAGAGUCCAAACAUCACUCACAAGCGCGUGCACCAAGAGACACAAUCACUUGUCUGUCAUCAGUGUGAAAUGCAUUUCAGCAGAUGCAUCACUAUUUCCACACAGGGGAGAAGCCAUUCACUGAUGCGGCAAAUCACACUGGAGAGAAACCGUUCACCUGCAUGGAGUGUGGCAAGAGCUUUUCUCACAAGAGCAGCCUCUACAAACACCAGAAAGUGCUCACGGGGGAACGAUUCUCAUGUACUGAUUGCAUGAAAAGCUUCACCAUAAAGAGUGAACUCAAGGUCCACACGGGAGAAACCAUUUAUAUGCACAGAAUGCGGCAAACAAUUUUUUCAAAAGAACCAACUUCUCAGACACCUGAAGUCUCACACGGGGGAAAGGCAGUUUGUAUGCGCACACUGUGGGAAAUGCUUUACGUUCAAGAGUACGUUGCAAUGCCACCUGAAGGUGCACACCGGGGAGAAACCAUUCACCUGCACAGAAUGCGGCAAGGGCUUUGCAUUGAGGCACGACCUCUACACCCACCAAGCGAUUCACAUGGAGGAGAAACCAUUCACAUGCGGGGAAUGCAGGAAACAUUUCACCGUAAAGAACCAGCUGCGCCGGCACCAGAAGGUUCACACCAUAUAUCUGCACAGAAUGCGGCAAAAGCUUCUCUCUCAAAAGCAAACUGCACCGGCACCAGAAAACCCACACGGGGGAGAAAACCUUCAUGUGCUUGGAAUGUGGCAAAAGCUUCUCCCACAAGCAUGACUACUUCAUCCACCAGAAAGUGCACACCGGGAAGAAACCCUUCACCUGCACAGAGUGCGGCAAAAGCUUCAGUCUAAAGAGCACGCUGCACAGGCACGAGAAUGUUUAUACGGGUGACAAACCUUAUUCAUGUGCAUGUAGCAAACAUUUCACCCUAAGGAGCUCUCUCAACCGACACCUGAACUGCACUCAGCAGGGGGCGAACUGGUGUCCUCCACACAAUGACACAUAGUGACUCUCUCAGUCCAUGUAAUACAUUGAGGGAACCAUUUGGUAAUAACUGGCCACACACCAGGCCAUUCCCACAGGGCACAUCCCUGAUAUCUGCACCCAGUAAAGGGGAAGUAUGUUUGUUAAUGAUAACAUAGUAAUUUAGGUUAAAAAAAGUCACGUUCAUCAAGUUCAACUAUUUAAGUCUAUAUAUAACCUGACUAACUGCCAGUUGAUCCAGAGGAAGGCGAAAAACCCCAUUUGAAGCCUCUCC